UCUCCACGUGUUUGGAAUGGUGAUCGUAAAGAUCCGUAAACAAUAAGUACCUACAUAUAAGUGAGAAUGGAACACCCGGAACCGUGUGAUAUUGAGGUGCGCCAGGUGUCCCCUGGGGAAGCGGGCGACAUGAUGACCUUCCUGCUGGCCCACUAUUACCCCGAGGAGCCCCUCACGGCGGGCACAAGUCCCCCGGAACCAGAGCCGGCGGACAAGGAGUUCCUGCUGUCCAACGUGCCCUUCGGCACCUGCUUCAUGGCCCUCCGGGAUGGCCGGAUUGUGGGUGCCGUGGUGGCGGGACCCAAGGAUGCCCACGAGCCGGAGCACUUGGUCGAGGAGGCGAGGAAGCAUGCCGGCGGCAAGUGGGGCCGCAUCCUUCACCUGCUGAGCGCCGUGGAGUCCGCCACGGAUGUCUGCCGGCGGUUCAAUGUGCCGAGCAGCCUGCAUGUCCAUGCCCUGGGCGUGGAUUCAGAGCAACGAGGUCGCAGCCUGGGCGCCCUCCUCAUGAACGCCGUCGCCCAGCGGGCCAGGGAUCUGGGCCACCGCCUCGUCUCCGUUGACUGCACCAGCGUCUUCUCCGCCCGCCUCGUCCAGCGGCUGGGCUAUCAGCUGGUCAACACCCUGCGGUACGAGGACCACCUGGACGCCAGUGGCCAACAGGUCAUCCGCCCGCCGCCGCCGCAUGAAAGUGUCCAGACCUUCGUGCUGCAACUCUAAAAAAAAAGAAACCCUGUUGCCGGGGAACCUUAUCAUCUUAUCAUGGUAUCACUAUAGAGUCAUAACACACCCAAUCCCCUAAAGCGGUUAUCAAUUCCUUAUCGCUACUAUGUAUCAAAGCCCCCACAAUGUGUCAAUCGAUUGGAAGGUAAAAUGUAGUUACUCUUGUGUUUUGAUAUUAAUACUUACAUAUUAGUUGUUAUUCAUUAGUCUUAAGCUAACUUAUUUUGACUGCCCACAGAAUUUAAUAAAGUAUUCUGAAGUGAACAAAC